AUGGCUCUGAAACGCUCAAGUCUCGCGUUGUUGGCUUCGGCCCUUGUCGCCCUGAUCGCCUACGGCCCUGCCCUCCAGGCAGAGGCAGCACCCAUCGACAGACUUCUGGCCCUGAUCCCCUCUUCCCAGCAACACAACGGCGAUUCCGCCCCUCUCCAACCACCACCUCAGCCCUCCCUCGGAAGAGCCCAGAUCCGACCCAUUGGACAACGACAGCCCUCCUUUCGACCAUCUGCUGAGCACUCUACUGGACCCUCGUCGUCGCAAAUCCCCUUAGACACUUCCGCGUCGGUGUGGUAUCUCCUUCACCAGGCUCAACAACGACAGCAAUUGCAACAACAGAAGAUGCAGUCAAUUCUGUCAGUGCGCAUCCAACAGCAACAACAACAACUCCAACAACAAACACAAACACAGCAACCACAACAACAACAACAAGCCUCUCCCCCAGAGACCUGGUCAGAUCGUACGCUCGGCGGACAUGCGGUCCUGGACGAUGACGACGAUGACGCAGGCAACGAACUUUUGGAUACUGAAUCCGACGGGCUUUUGAGACCCGACGCCGACGAUGAGAUUGAAGGCACGAUUGAAGGAGAGGUCCUGGAGGAAGAGGAGGGGUAUGGGAACGAGAGUGAGAUCGAGUACGACGAUGGUGAGGACGACGAUAGCAAUGAUGGGAACCUUUACGAGCCUUGGCUGACGAUGCCUCCAUCUCGCCUGACCCACCGUGAAGCCAGGAGGACAAGGCUUGCAAAGUUGAGGGGAGAGGACGAGAAGGGCUUUUAA